CGCCUCCGGGCACCUGCGUCCCCAGCCUCGGAGCGCCCUCGGCGGGAAGGUGUGCGCGUGCGCGCAGGCUGCGCGGCCCGGCCCCGCCCGCUGCUCGCGGGGCGUUCCCGGGCGACUGCGCAUGCGUGGCGGGUUAUAGACAAUUUGAGAAAUGAGUGACUCCGAAGAUGACGAUAUCCCCCAGCUGUCUUCCCACACCCUGGCAGCUCUCCAGGAAUUUUAUGCCGAGCAGAAGCAACAGAUCGACCCAGGUGGGGACGAUAAAUAUAACAUUGGCAUAAUAGGAGAGAACUGGCAGUUGAGCCAGUUUUGGUACAGUCAGGAGACGGCUUUGCAGCUCGCCAAGGAAGCGAUUACAGCUGCUGGAGAGGGUGGCAGAAUAGCAUGUGUGAGUGCCCCCAGUGUUUACCAGAAACUGAGAGAGCUGCACAGAGAAGACUUUUCUGUAUACAUCUUUGAAUAUGACAAAAGAUUUGCCAUAUAUGGAGAAGAGUUUAUCUUCUAUGAUUACAAUAAUCCACUGGAUUUACCUGAAAAAAUUGCUGCACAUAGUUUCGACAUCGUAAUAGCAGAUCCCCCCUAUCUUUCUGAGGAAUGUCUCAGGAAAACGUCAGAAACCAUCAAAUAUCUGACUCAGGGCAAGAUUCUGCUGUGCACAGGUGCCGUCAUGCAAGAAGAGGCAGCGAAACUUCUUGGAGUGAAGAUGUGCAAGUUUAUUCCAGAACACACUCGAACCCUGGCAAAUGAGUUUCGCUGUUACGUGAAUUAUGAUUCUGGGCUGGACCAUGAAAUCUAAAUGCAGAUCGUAAUGUAACACGGUUAAGACCCUAGGUGACAUUUCCUUCUUUUUAUUUUCUUAGUAGAUUGAAAAGGUAUAAGCUGGUCCCCUCCCCCACACACUGGGGCUGUCCCCGCCCUCAUUUUCACAAUAAAGAUACAACAUCUCACUGUGACUUCCUUCUUGAGGGCCUCUCUAGAGCUCGGGAUGCUUGUGCUAACUUGAUUCCAUGGAAUUAUAGUUGGAAGAAAUCUUCGAAUCAAUCUAAUCUACUCUCCUCACUUAACAUAGGUAAAAAGCGAAGUACAAACACUCAGUGGCUUGGCCAAGACCUGAAGUAGGCAGAACCUUAACCUCUGCCUCUGGCCAUUCGGCCCCUUAAAAUGGGCUCAUUCGGAUUCUGCCCUGUGGGGCUGCUGGUUCUUCCCAUGGCUCUCGUUGAGCGUUGUAACACUGGUGAGGGGCCCUCCUCUGCUCCAGCCCCUCAAGGAGACAUGACUUGCCUCCAUGUAAAAGUUGAUAAUCCUAGCAACUAGUGUCCGAGAGCCUCGCGGACUUCUCCCCGUCCCCAGUUCUUGGAGGGAUGACAGGAAUGCAGCCCAGGUGCCCUCUGUACACAGCCCAGCCCCAGCGUCUUCAGCCUCCGCCACAUCAAACGCCCUGAGCCACCUGAGAAAAUAGGAGUGCCACCUGCAAACAAAUACCAUAGCAAAAAGGACGUGAAGAGUGUGCUAGACUUUAUUGUUGUUCAGAGAGUGUUCAUCAUACAUCCACACCACAGAACACUACCCAGCAAUCAAAAGGAACAAAAUAUUGAUAUCCACAACUUGGAUGGAUUUCAAGGGCAUUCUGAGUAAAAAAGCCAAUCCCAAAAGGUCACGUACUAUGUGUUUCCAUUUAUGAAACAGCAUUCUCGAAUGGAGAACAGAUUAGUGGUUGGCAGAGAUUAGGGUGGGAUGGCCGUGGCAGGUGAGCAUGAGCAUAAGAGAGAGAUCUCUGGGGUGCUGGAACUGUCCCGUGUCUUGAUUGUGCAUUGGUUACACAAAUCUACACGUGACAGCAUUCCAUAGAACUGAAUACACACCCACUGAUGAGUGCCUGUGAAACUGGGGAGCUCUGCGUGAGGUCUGCCCCAGUGUCCGUUUCCCCGCUGUGACAGUGCACCAUGGUUGUGUAAGAUGUCACCAUUGGGGCAGCUCGGUAAAGGAGACACGAGACCUCUCUCUAGUAUUUUUGCAAUUCCCUGUGAAUCCACCAUCAUUUCAAAAUAAAAACUUGUAAAAUAUUAA